AUGAAGGUCACAGGAGUACUCUACACAGCCGCUGCGCUCCUCUCAAAAGUCAUACACGCCUUGCCCACUCCAGAGCCGCAAUACUCUCUCGUCUGCAGCGUCUUCAUCGGCACAUGCAUGGGGGAUCUGCAGCGGAUCUCGCGCCUCCCAAGCGUGGAGCUGAAGAGAGAGUGCGUGUGCAGGGCGCUGAGCGACCACGCCGAGGUGCGACUCCCACCAAUCCACAACCCCUCCCUUCCUCCUUCCACGCAGAUUGCAAAGGCAAAGAAAAUCGGACCAACAGACAGAAGCGCUGACCAAGAGGCAACGAAGCAAUGCAAGAGAGAAGGGUUUGCGUGCGUGCGACCCGACGUGGCAAAGCGCGACGAAUCCGGCUCCUCGAUGCCCUCCCUUCUUCAAGCAGCCAAGGCGCCGCGGGGCGUCGGAGACGAGAAGGCCGACGCGGACUCGCGCGACCCCGCGGGCGAACAGGAGGACAUGUUCCUCUCGCCGCUCCUCGACGUGUAUAAGCAGCGCCUUGAGAACCUGGUGAAGUACAUCAAGAACGAGAGCCCCAUGCUCCUGGCCGACGGCCGGGAGUUCUUCACCAACGAAACGACGCAGCGCGAGUGGUACGAGGACGUGACGCGCACGUGGCUCUCGCUCAACGGACAGAGGAAGAGAGCGUUCUUUCUCAAGGGCGUCAUGGCCGCCAAGAUCUUGGAGAUGCAGCGGCAUCUGGCGAAGAUGUGGGACGACAUCGACGUGUCUUAG